AUGACGGAGAAAUCUUUCUUCACGAGGAAAAUCCACGGACUUCGAUACGAGAGUGUAUAUUCAUCAAGCGAGGAUGGGUCAGAGACGAGCGAAUCUCACUCAAUUUUUCGAAGAACCAGAGACAACCUUCGGCCUUGGUUUUCCAACAUUCGUUUGAUUUUAGUCAUACUAUUGUCGACAGUAUUAUUGCUGGUUGUAUUCUUCACAUUGACGGGACUGGUCGUAUCGUCAAGGAAAGCUCAAAAGGUCCCCACGAUUGAAGGGGUAGCUUGUGGCGGAAAUCCGACUGACGCGAAAUUGCAAGGGUGUCGUUUCGAUCCCAUGAUGAGUGCUUGGAUUGAACCGGACUGUGUUUACGAUGAGUUGAUAGAAGAAGCCGGUGACAUCUUCACAAACUGGCCGUGGUUCUCUGAUUUCGAACUCCAUCAUCCAAUUGUUGGAAAGGAUUUGGAUGCUUUACGGGCUGGGAAUUAUACCAAGGUGUGGUCGUCGCAUCACAAUGCUCAUGAGUUACACUGCAUCUAUGUAUGGCGAAAAAUGGCUAUGGCUUUGAGACACGAUCCUCCGUUGGCUGAUACAAGUAACGCUUAUCACCACGUUGUUCAUUGCUCCAAGAGUCUGUUGGAAAUCUUGAAUGGAGAGGAACCUGCCGAGAAAGUGGAAAAGUUUGCAUUUCCCAUGAUGUAUCACAGAUGCGCCGUGCUUCAAUAUAGCAUUUGA